AAUAAGUUGCUUCAAGUAUCAUUCCUCUGUUUGGAGCUUGGCUUCUUCCAUUCCACCCCUAAAAUUAAACCAGCAAAUUUAAUUUCCCUAUCAAUCACCAACUUACUUUCUUGGCAUCAAUGGCUCUCAUGCAAAUCUCCAAGAAGGAGGCAGUGUUUACUGGUGAUGAUCAAGUAGGAGAGAGGACCAGGGACGGAACUGUGGACAUGCAUGGCCGGCCGGCUAUCGGGGACCGGACCGGCAAGUGGGUCGCCGGAAUGAUUAUUCUCUUGAAUCAAGGUCUAGCAACUCUUGCAUUCUUUGGCGUAGGGGUAAACUUGGUUCUCUUCCUAACAAGAGUGAUGGGCGAGAGGAAUGCGGAUGCGGCCAAUAGUGUAAGCAAAUGGACUGGCACAGUUUACAUCUUCUCCCUCCUUGGCGCAUUCCUUAGUGAUUCAUACUGGGGAAGAUUCAAAACUUGUGCUAUUUUCCAGAUCAUCUAUGUUAUUGGAUUGGUCUUAUUAUCUUUGACAACCCAACUAUACUUGCUCAAGCCCAAAGGUUGUGGUGAUAAAGAAACACAAUGUGGUUCACAUUCAAGUUGGGUUAUUGAUCUGUUCUACCUCUCGAUCUACCUGGUGGCUCUAGGGAAUGGAGGGUACCAACCAAAUAUUGCCACAUUUGGGGCAGACCAGUUUGACGUUGAAAACCCGAAGGAGAGGCCCUUAAAAGUGGCCUUUUUUAGCUACUUCUACUUGGCCUUGAACCUUGGAUCACUCUUCUCAAAUACCAUUUUGGACUACUUUGAAGAUGAAGGGAACUGGGCUCUUGGAUUUUGGGCUUCUACUACUUCGGCUGCAGCUGCAUUAUUGCUUUUCCUUGUCGGAACGACAAGGUAUAGGCAUUUCAAGCCUAAUGGCAAUCCUCUUUCGAGAAUUUCUCAAGUGGUUGUAGCUGCAUCAAAGAAAUGGAGGGUCAAUGUUCCCGAUGAAGACGUAGAAUUUUUUGAAGUCCAUCAAAAUAAUGAUAAUGGUUCAAGAAAGAUGCUCCACACUGAAGGUUUCAGAUUCUUGGACCGAGCCGCUUUCAUAACACCAAAGGAUGUUGAGAAGAAAGAGCAGGACCCGUGGCGUCUCUGUCCAAUCUCCCAGGUAGAGGAGGUGAAGUGCAUUCUACGGCUUCUACCCAUCUGGCUGUGCACCAUCAUCUACUCCGUUGUUUUCACACAAAUGGCCUCUUUAUUUGUAGAGCAAGGGGAUGCCAUGGAGACAAAGAUCUCAAGCUUUAGAAUCCCGGCAGCCAGCAUGUCCAGCUUCGAUAUCUGUAGUGUUGCAUUGUGCAUCUUCCUAUAUCGAAGACUUUUAGACCCACUCGUUGGGAGGCUAAAGAGAGGGAAGGGCGGUGAUGAUGUACCGUACGCCUCUAAAGGUGGGAUCACUCAACUAGAGAGGAUGGGUGUGGGACUCCUUGUUGCCUUUAUGGCCAUGCUCUCAGCUGGAAUAGUUGAGUGUUACCGACUCAAGCACGCAAUUAUUACCGAUCAAUGCACCAAUUGUGAAAGUGGUGGAUCUAGCACCUUGAGCAUAUUGUGGCAAAUCCCACAAUACUCACUGAUCGGUGCUUCCGAAGUCUUCAUGUACGUUGGGCAGUUAGAGUUCUUCAACGAGCAUGCACCCGACGGUCUGAAGAGCUUCGGGAGUGCGCUUUGUAUGACAUCAAUAUCGUUGGGGAAUUACGUCAGCAGCCUGUUGGUGAGCAUAAUUAUGAAAAUUUCAGCCAAUAAUAAAAUGCCUGGGUGGAUUCCUGGAAACCUUAAUAGAGGACAUCUAGACAAAUUUUACUUUCUGCUAGCUGGUUUGACUAUAUUUGAUUUGGUAGCAUACAUUGCUUGUGCAAAGUGGUACAAGUGUGCAAGGCUAGGGGAUAAGUAUGAAAAGGGUGAGGAAAAGAAUUAUCAAGGAAUCUAAUGUAAAUAAUAAUGCACCUCAAGGAGAAACAAUAUUGGUAUGUCCUAUGGAAUCAUCAUUUGAAUCAGAGGCCAUUAGACAUCAAUUCCCACAAAAUUAAACCCUUCCAUUGUUGAAGAUGUUUAGCUUUCCACUA